AUGGCGUCCCUGCAGAUGCCAAUGUCUUCAAACUUGUCUUCGCUUUCUCAGAGUGUUCCGCCAAUAAUGUAUUGUCAGCGCAUCUGGGAUAUACGAACGGCUCGCUUCACGUCAUGCUUUGUUCCGUACAUCGCAACAGUCCCAGCCAUACUUGGAGCAUUGAUACUGCUCACUUACUUAUUGCGAAUCUUCAAAGCGUAUCGACCAGCAUGGACGAAAUCUUUUGUGCGAGAAACGAAGGAGCAUUCCAACGAAUUCGAGGUAGAUACGCCACACCGAACCUUGACUGCGACCUUUGGCCUCUUGACGGUAGCCUCAAUUGGGCUCACAUUGCAAAUUAUCACUGCGUUCUUUCCACUUCGUCAGAUCACAGCUGUAUACCCUUCAAUCGCAUGGGGUAUCGCAUGCGCUCUAAUAGUACUUGAGCGCCCGAGAACCGCGUCAUUAUCGCUAUUACUCUUGUUCGCGGGCCUCUUAUUCGCAGAACUGGUUAUGCUGUCACAUACACAAGACCCCUUCGCUGCUAAGAACAUCCCUUUAGUUCUUGCGCCAGUAGCGGCACUCCUCGGCAUCUUCAUAAUUCUUAAUAUGCCGCUAAGAGACCCAAACCUUUCAAAUAAAGAGAUCAGUCCAGUUUUCACUCCCCCAACAGUAGAGCUGAGAACUCCCGAGGACAACCUUACUCCAUGGCAAUACAUGGUUGUGUCGUGGAUGGCUCCACUCAUACAGAAGGGAGUCACACAAGACAUGGAGGACCAGGACGUCUGGAGCCUUGGUUACGAAUUCAAGCAUGUGCGCCUUCACCAUGCCUUCAGGAAGCUUCCAGGAUCGGUCACUAGAAGGAUAUUCGUAGCAAAUGGCUUGGACUUAGUACUCACGACAAGCUUAAAUGUUGUCCGACUAGCAGCAACCCUCCUAACCCCUGUACUCCUCCAACGCCUGUUGGCUUCAAUGAACGAUCCAACUUCUCCAAGAAGUGCCAAAGUCACGUAUGCCUCCAUGGGCCUUUUUCUUCGUCUCAUCUCGGCGCAGCUCAACGUGUUCGUUCUUUGGUACCAGAGACGAGCAUACGAAAGGUCUCGAGGUGAGCUGAUUACAAUGCUGUACGAGAAAACCCUAAACCGGAAGAUCCUGGGUGCGAAGCAGGAAGCCAAAGCAGAGCCACAAAAUGGCCACACGAACGGUGAAGACCUUACAGCAGAGAGUGGAGAGACUAAUGGCAACCAUGGAGCCAGCAAGACCGUCUCUCAAGGCUGGCUGAAGCGCCUUAGCGUAUCAUUCCGAUUGGCAUUUACAAGAAAGCCUAAAGAGGAAGCUGAGAGAGAGAAAGAACCUGCAUCAGCGGGGAAAAUUCUAAAUCUGAUGCGCAAUGACGUUUAUGAAAUAUCUCAGCGAUUCUGGGAAUUUUCCGAUAUUCUUACCAAGCCGGCUGGUGCAGUUUUUGCGACUAUACUCAUCUGGCGAAUGUUAGGAUGGGCUUGCUUGCUUGGUGUGUUUGCACUGGGUGUUUCACAACUAAUUAACAUUGUCAUUGCUCGAUACCAAGUCUACUUCGAGAAAAAGCGUAGGGAGGCAACAGACGAAAAACUACAGAGGACGACCCAAUUCAUCGAAUCAAUCCGGCACUUACGCUGGUAUGGUUGGCAAGACGCUUGGUUAAAAGGCAUUCUCGAAUCGAGGCAGAAAGAGCUGCAUUUGCGCAUCAUUCAAAUAAUCUUUACCACUUCACUCGCCUUUAUUCUGAGAUUUGGGUCGGGCUUAUUUCCGGCUGUUACCUUCUACGCGUUUACCGCUUUAGCUGGCAAACCUCUUCGGGUUGAUAUCAUUUUUCCUGCCUUUGACCUGUUCUGGCUACUAGAAAACUACCUUCGUGCUAUCCCAGCGCUAGUCACGACGAUUCUCAAUGCCUACGUCGCGAUGCGCCGCAUUGAGGAUUUCAUGGACGAACCGGACAAGGAACAAACCGACGUAGCCCGUGAAGACUCCGCGAAUCUCGGUCUCCACGAAGCAUCCUUUUCUUGGCCUGGAGUGGACAGGAACGUACUUGAACAUCUCACCCUGUCCUUCCCUCCCGGUUUAACUGUAAUCUAUGGAGAGGUGGCUGCAGGGAAGACGGCUCUUUUGCAAGCAUUGCUUGGGGAGCUUGAUAAGACUGUAGGAGACUUCAUACAGCCUGAUCAAGUCAUUGGGUACUGUGCUCAAACCCCUUGGCUCCAGAGCAUGAGCAUCCGGGACAACAUUGUCUUUUCUUAUCCUUAUGACGAAGGCCGAUAUAAGAAGGUUCUGGAAGCCUGUGCAUUGUUGCCUGACAUGGCUGAGUUUAAGCACGGCGACCUCUCAAAUAUCGGCGAGAACGGAAUCGGCUUGUCGGGUGGACAGAAGGCUCGAGUGGCACUGGCUCGAGCUGUGUACAGCAGCGCCAAAGUACUCCUUCUCGACGACCCAUUAUCUGCGCUCGACCACCAGACUGCUGAGUUCAUCGUGCACAAACUGCUGGACGGACCACUACUCGAAGGUAGAACAACAAUUCUGGUUACGCAUCGCACUGAGCUCUGCCACGAUCUCGCCAAGCAGUGGAUUCAAAUCGAUCACGGUCGAGCCAUCUUGCACGAACCCACCAGAGCCGAAGAUGCCAAAGAGCUACAGCGCACGCAGACUAACGAGUCCAUAUCUGAAGAAGAAGCCAAAAAGCUUGAAGAAGAACAAGCCGCCGCUACCCCGGAUAAAUUCAUCGAAGAUGAGCACCGCGCGAAAGGCGGUGUUAAACUGCGCGUUUACUGGCGCUAUAUCAAAGCAGGAACGCUCCGUUGGUGGUUCGUUGUCGUUGUCAUCAUGGCACUGUACCGUGUGAUUGACAUUCAGCAAGCUUGGUUCGCCAAAGUGUGGGGAGAGAGCUACGACUUUGGAAAGCCAAAAGGUAUAUUCGAAUUCCUUCCUCCAGCAGCUGAGAACGUUGUACCUUGGGUCUGGACCUUUUUGGUCUUCGUCAUAGCGACAUCUGUACUCUUUUGGUGGACCAACCUAAUCAUGUUCGGCGUGGGAUAUCGUGCAGCGAAAACCAUAUUCGAGGAGACGAUUGAGCGCGUUGCCCACGCGAAUUUCAGGUUUUAUGACAUCACGCCAGUCGGACGGUUGAUGAACCGAUUGACGAGUGAUAUGAAUACCAUUGAUGGCGACUUAAGUGGGGCAUUCACCGUCUUCGCGUGGCAAUUUAUCGGAUGGAUUAUCAGCAUUGCCAUCAUCCUAUCCGCGACGCCGACGUUCCUAGCCUUUGGCUUAGUUCUCUGCUAUGGGUUUGUGUACUAUUUCUUCCGCUUCUUACCAACCUCGCAGAGCUUGAGGCGGCUUGAGAUGGUAUCUCUCUCACCCCUUAUGUCGAACUUCGGAGCCCUAGUGGAGGGCCUGACAACCGUACGCGCCUUCAACGCACAGGAACGUUUUCAAGCACGUGUUAUCGAAGUCGUCGACGAUUUUCAGAAGAACGACCACUUCUACUGGUCAUUGCAAGCAUGGCUAGCCAUCCGCUUUAGUUUCAUGUCAGCGAGUGCUACCUUCGUCAUGGCACUCAUCGCUGUCUACACAGGAAUUAGUCCUGGUCUAACAGCCUUCAUCUUGGUCACAGCGAAUAGAUUUGUUGUUCAUACAGAGUGGAUGUGUAGGGUCUACGGAAUGCUCGAAAUGGACUUUACAAGCGUAGAACGUGUGGUUGAACUUCUGGAUAUCGAGACGGAACCACCAGGCGUUGUUGAUCCUCCUGCAUAUUGGCCGACAUACAGCGGUGAUAUUGAGUUCGAGGAUGUAACCAUACGAUACGCUCCACAUCUCGACCCCGCGCUUCAAAACAUCACGCUUAAAUUUCCAGCGGGAAGCAACACCGCAGUCAUUGGCCGCACUGGGUCUGGAAAAUCCACCCUAGCAUUGUGCCUGCUCGCCACGAUCAUACCGGAGAGCGGAACCAUAUCCAUUGACGGCAUCGAUGUCUCGACAGUGAACAAGCAAGCGUUACGCAGCCGCGUCACUUUCCUGGCCCAAGAACCUGUUCUCUUCCCCGGCAGUAUGCGGAAGAACCUCGACCCGCUAGACGAAUAUUCCGAUGCAGCCUGCGAAUCCGUUCUUGCAAAGAUUGCAGGAAGCCAUGACUGGACGCUAUCCACCAACAUCGAAGGUGGGGGGAAAGGACUGUCACAGGGGCAGAGACAGCUUGUUGGACUUGCAAGAGCCAUGCUGAGGAGGAGCCCGAUACUUAUCAUGGAUGAAGCCACUGCCAGCAUCGAUUUCGAAACGGCGCAACGGAUCCAGAAUGUUCUCAGAGAAGAGAUGAAGGAAAGUACCGUGAUCACCAUCGCCCAUAGACUAGAAGCUGUCAAAAAUGCAGACUACUGCAUCGUGCUGGGCAAGGGAAAGUUGAUUAAAGCCGGUAAAGCAGCAGAUAUGCUGAAAGAGGGGAGUGAGUUCAGCGAGAUGUUGGCUUAG